AUGUUGUCUAAGAUUGAUCGUACCAAGAAGAAGAGACAUAAGGAAAAAAUGCUUCAUGCUCUGGCAGGUGUUAGUGCACAGUUAACUCAACUAGAAACCAGAACCCACCGUCUUCAAAAUUCUGUGGAGAAUUUGAAGCUAUCUGUUAGAAAUAAUCAUGGUAGUACUGAUGGAAAAUUGAAGCAACUGGCAAAAUAUUGUAGAAGAGGUAUUUGUUAUGACACCGCCCUCUUUCCAGCCUUAAUAAUUAGUAAUUUUGGAAAUGUGGAUGUACACAGGCUUAUCCCUACAAGCUAUGGAAUACCUGGUUACCAGGCUGAAGAUGUCCAUUCACAGGAUCCAAAACUAGUACAACUUGCUGAUGAGGCAUUUUCAGGAGGAGAGGACCGUCAUGAGUUGAAGGUGGUUAGUCAUGGACGGAAAGUCAUGGACUUCUGCUUGGAGAAUGAGCAAGUGAAGGCCAUUGUGGAGAUGCCAGGGCUUGCUUCCCUUCUACAGGCAUGA